AUGCGUAGCCGUCGCCAUGUUCUUAUUAUCGCCUGUUUUUGUUGCCUUUUUUUUUCAUUAGUUUCGGCAACGCGAGUCCAGAAGGCAUCCAAAAAACAUUUAGCGAGAGUUAAGCAGCUUUUGAACUCGGAAGCUGAAAGAAACAAUGCAUUAAUUCAAAGUGACUCAGUUGACGUUUUUGACAACAUCCGGAGAAAUCCAAACGCAGGAACACAUCAUGAUGAAUUGGCUGUGAAUAAUGCUGACGAGUAUUUUCAAGGCGACGUUGAUUUGUCAGAACAACAAGUUAAAAUAAUUGAGGAUCAGUUUGUGGAGGGCAAACGAGAGAAAAGAAAGAUUGGAAGAAACCCCCUAUACAAAAAAUGGGAUUCACGUGGUGGACCGAUAAGUUUUGAUUAUGCAGAAAGCAUACCAUUUCAAACCAGGCAGAAAAUACGGAGUGCCAUGCUUCUAUGGCAACAACAUACGUGCAUCAGAUUUGAGGAGGGCGGUCCAAACGUAGACAGAUUAGAAUUCUUUGAUGGUGGUGGUUGCUCAUCGUUUGUCGGGAGGGUUGGAGGAACUCAAGGAAUUUCAAUUUCAACUCCCGGAUGUGAUGUUAUUGGGAUUAUCAGUCACGAAAUAGGCCACUCGCUGGGAAUAUUUCAUGAACAGGCUAGACCCGACCAGGAACGACAUAUUGCUAUAAACUACAACAAUAUUCCAUUAUCUCGAUGGAAUAACUUCCAAGCUGUCGGAGAAAACCACGCGGAAACAUACAACCUCCCAUACGAUACAGGAAGUGUGAUGCAUUAUGGUGCGUAUGGGUUUGCAUCUGAUCCAUAUACUCCAACUAUCAGAACAUUAGAAAGAAUUCAACAGUCAACAAUUGGUCAAAGAGCUGGCCCGUCUUUUUUGGACUAUCAAGCAAUCAAUAUGGCAUAUGACUGCACAGAACAUUGCCCAGACUUGCCCUGUCUGCGAAACGGAUACCCACAUCCUAACAACUGCUCUACUUGUGCUUGCCCGGAAGGAUUAUCAGGAAAAUUCUGUGAGCAAGUGUAUCCAUCAAACGGACAAUGUGGAGGAGUCAUUUUUGCCACAAAGGAAGUAAAGUACAUCACAAGCCCAAACUAUCCUGACAAAUUUCCACUCAACACAGAAUGUAAUUGGAUCAUUGCUGCCCCAAUCGAAGGACGAGUUUUCAUGGAGUUUGAGGGCGACUUUGAUUUUCUUUGUGAAGACACAUGUGACAAAGCAUAUGUAGAAGUCAAAUAUCAUAGUGACAAACGUCUCACCGGAGCUAGAUUCUGUUGUUCUCUCUUGCCCAAAAACCGAUUCAUCUCAUUCAAAAAUGAGAUGAUUAUUAUAAUGAGAGGAUACAGAUCUACAGGGGCUGGCUUCAAAGCUAAGUUCUGGUCCAAUCUUGGAGAACCUGAAGGGGUUAUCACUCCAAUGCCACCAACUACGGCUCCGUUGUCUGAAAUAACAGAGGAGCCGGAGCCAGAAACUACGACAACCCUCCCUCCAACAACAACAACCACCCUUCCCAGAAGAGUCUCUAAGAAACACUUCUUCACAAGAAAACCUCUAACUCCUGUGCCAACAACUACCCCAACACCUACAACAACUACAACGGAAACAACGACAACAUUUACCACGGAGUCCACAACGACCACUUCCCCAACGCAACCGACAUUUUUGACUGGAGAAACUGAAAUCACAACUGCUAGCACGGUUGCAACGUUCUUCCCAAAGUUAUCCACCAUACUUCCACCAGUCAAUCCUUUAGCUGGAGUGUUACCAUCUACCCAAGCUCCUGAUAUUAUUAACAGUGUCUUAGAAUGCGGCUGUGGUUCAUGGGCAGAAUGGCAUGGGGAAUGCUCUCAACAAUGUGGUGGUUGUGGACACAGAUUAAGAAAGAGAGAAUGCAAAAAGCAGGCUUGUCGAAAAGAGGAAAAACGACCUUGCAAUUUCUCAGCAUGCCCAGAUGGUACUAACUUCCUUAUCAACAACUCUGAAUUCCAUAUUCUUUGGAGAGGAUGUUGUGUGGGAUUGUUCAGAUCUGGAGACCAAUGUUCUGCACUGGAGACUGAGUCGAAUCCGUUUUUCAAAAUAAUCAAUAGUCUUCUAAAUAUUCAAGACGUGAAAAACAACGAAACUUUAAUAGAAAAACGGAUGAUGAGAGGGGAACAUUAA